GCGUGCGCUGCUGUUGUGAUGAACCAUUAUCUCCCGCGGAAAAUGUGAUUCAGUCGACAUACACUGUGAACUCUACUGGGAUCUGUGAAUUACGAGUAUUAUAAGAUGGCGUACAAGGUGCUAGCGUGCAUAGCUCUGCUCGCGGUGGCAGCGCCGAAGGAGCAGUCGAGAUGGUCGCGACAGAUCAGCUCGUACACGGCGGACAUCAGCGACUGGGUGCCCCUCACCGGGCCCGUGGAGCCGGUGGUCCCGCUCAAGCGGCAGGCGGUGGCCGAACCCAGGAUCCUCUCGGAACCGUUUCCAGAAUUGACGAGAACUCUCAGCGGCUUCAACGGGGACACGUUCCCGUCGAGAUCGUUCUACAACUCCCAGCCCAACCGGCAGCUCUACCUGCAGUCGGUGCCGUCGGCACCGCAGAACUACCUGACGGAACAAGGCUUCGGGCAGGGCAUGAGAUUUGGCCUAUCGCAGCCCAACUUUCCCCUGACGCAGGGCUUCAUCGCCCCGCAGUAUAAUUUUGAUAGCGUGCCCCAGUUCAAACCGAAGCCGCUAUCUAAUACUGGGCCGGUUAAGUUCGACUCAUUUUCGCAAGCUCUGCCGCCGCUGCCUUCGCCCGCCAAGCCGUUUUUGAACCAGGCGCCGAAGCUGAGGCCGGAACCGCCGAAAUUCGUAGACGGCUACCGCGUUGAAAACAACACCGAUCUAGGAUUGAAUAAAAGACCCAAGCCCCAGUCGCUUCAUAAGAUAAGAUUCGACAAUUAUGAUAAAUCAAAAGAAAUAAUCAAUACGCCGAGAACGAAAGUAGAGCGAGAGGAAGUUCAAUUACUUUAUGUUCCGUUGGAAUCGCUGAACAAGGGACAAUUCAAUUUUAGAAAUCCGAUUACCGCUCCGCAGAUUCUAAAUUCGGAAUUGUACAAUCAGGUUCCUAAACAGAAUCCUCUCAUGAAGAAUUUGGCAGCCGAAAUUCAGAGACCUACUCCCAAACCUGUUGAAGAGUACAAGCCCCAGGAAUUUUCGAAUCGUACUCCCAAACCUGUUGAAGCAUAUAAGCCCCAGGAUUUCUCGAAUCGUUUCAAUUCUCCGCCAAGAGAAAUUGAUACUACAAAAUACUCAACGUUGACACUGCCUUUUACAACUACCGUUACAACUCCGAAACCGAAGCUUAAGCCGCAUCAACCGCCCCUGGCCAUCUUUUUGACCCAGGAUUCGAGAAAAGAUAUCAAAGUUGGUGACGUAUUAUCAUCUCUGAAAAACGCAAGAACUGUUCCAGUUUUAGACUCAGUGAACCCAUUGAACGCGCCUGAGGUAUUCAUAGGACCUUCAUCGUUAAAUCCUCCAGACGGUUUUGUAAAAUUUGAAUUACCAUAUUUGUCCAAUAUUGAAAACAAAGACAAAAAACUAAAGCAACUGCCAUUUUUCGUUGCACCUUUGAGUUAUAAUACGCCGCAAGGAUUUGCUAAGAUUCCUUUUCCUUCACCACAUGUUGGAUCAGUUGUUAUAAAUUCUCAGAUCCAAGAGUCCUCAUCAUCAACUAAAUCUUCUACCGUUGCUAAUGUAUUCCCCAACUCUUACACGGCAGAUCCAUUCGCUUACGACAACCGACAGCCCGUAACACAAAAACCAAAGGUCAGCUACUACAGCACUGCCGCGCCGAAAGAGAAUGUAGUCAGCAAUAACUAUAAACAGAAUUACUAUUCUUUCGAACCUCAGACCGUCAGUACAAUAAGACCACAAGAAUCUAGUUUACUGACUGCCAAACCCGGCACAUAUUUUAUAAAUAGAGAAACCCAAUUUAGUCCAUCACAAUACGUUACCUUCCCACAACAACAAAACUAUCAGACUCAAGAGCCAAGAAAAGUAUUUAGAAAUAAUUACUUACAAGACACAACGAGCACAACGCAAUCAACUACAAUAACAACGAGACAACCCUCGACCCAUUCUACUCAAUUGUUGGAAACUCACAAUCCAUACUCAAUCAAUCAAGGUCUGCAGUUCAACGCGCCAAGCGAAUAUCAAAAUUUCUUUGAUGAAUACAAAGAGUCAUCGGCAACAACGCAAGGCUAUGGUCAGUCUCAGACACCGUCAUCGACUCCUGCUACUGUACUUACUACAGAGGUGAAAUACGAACAGACGCAACAACCGAAUAGGGUGACCCCCAGUUAUCAACAGAACUAUCAACAAGAUUAUUACAGCGGAAAUGUAAAUCAAAAUUUAAAUAUUCCCGUCUCUAGUGAGCCGAAAUAUGAGCAGACACAAUAUAUUCAGAGUCCAAGUCCCAGUUACGAACAAAAUUAUGAACCGGAUAUAUAUUACAACAAACAAAACGAUUACGAAUCAUACCGUCAAACUCCAACUAAAAAUGUAAAUGAAUAUCCAGAAAAAACUGUUUCAAACUACAACAGUGAAAAAGCACAGCCUCAAAAUUCUGUGAGCGUCAACUACAACAAUAAUUACGAAAAUGUGGAUAGCAAAUUGCAGUAUAAUCCUAACGUUGCCAAUACAACGCAAUCGUUUACAUCAGGGAGCUAUUCUGGUGAGAACAAAAGUCCUGAAACGGAAUCGGCUGAAAUAAAUUCAUCAAAUUCUGGUGAAUAUAAUAAUUAUAAUGUAAAUUAUAGUUCCGAAGAACAGUCUUAUACGACAACAACAACUACUACUACUACGCCCUCUACCACUACUACAUCAAAACGUACCCCACCGUUAAGAACAAGAGGUCGUCCUAAAUAUCCAACAAAGUCAGAAUCUAAUGAAUAUUCUACACGUGCAACUGCAGUGACUAGGAGACCUUUGAGGGAAAGAAGGCCAUCGACUUCUAGAUCAAGAUAUGAACCAAACAAAUUUGUCACAGAAAAAUCUACCAAGGAAUCAUAUGAGUCGAAUGAGAGCACUACAAAAAGUUACAGACAAAGAACAAGGGGCAAGAUUCAUUACAAACCGUCAGAAGGUGAAGAAACCUACGAAAAACAAACGAAAAAUGGAAAUAAAAUGGGUGAUCUCGCAUACCAAAGAGAUAUUCUCCACCAAAACUAUCCUGUGACACUCAUGGAAAGGGCUAGUACAAUCGACAUCGAAGCUAUUACAGAACCCAUUGGGAAGUCUGAAAAUGCGCAGUCAACGAAUUCUGAAGACACUGCAAAUGCCUUCAGUAAUGAUGAGCUCGCUAUAACUGAGCACAACCAACCCAAAGAAACUGUACAGUAUAUCUCACAUGAAGAAUCUGGAAUACAUGCUGACGACGUACCGUUACCAAAGAACCAAAACUAUGAAGAUUAUCUAACAAAAACUAGUAAUGUUCAACUAACAAACGAGGAUGGCUAUUCACUACAAACCUCACCCCAAGUAAAUCAUGAAACAGAAGAUUUGUAUGAAAGAAAUCAAAACGAUCAAGCGAACGAUUCUAAAAGAAACGAAGAUCGAGAAACUGAAGCUCCUGAAAUAAAGAGCAUUGAAAAUCAACAUAUAUUCAGUCAAGAGGAAGCUCAGCAGGAUAAUGCUGUCGAAACGACACCGUCGUAUAACAGAGUGAGAAUACGCCCUGGUGUCAUCCGACAGCAUCACCAAACGUCUACGACUGAAUCUUCAAAAAUAAAGAACGAUAGGAAAAAUAAUGCACCUAUAACUUACAGACCAGCAUUCGACAAGCGACGUACAACCAUGCGUAUUGAAGAAAUUGAAGCUGAUUUAAAAACUAAACAAAUUCAUGCGCGGCCGGAAUUUAAGGAUUACCGACAGCCAGUAUACAAACCAGAUCCAACGACAGAAGCCACAUCAACGACUACGGAAACUACUACAAAGCGUGGACAGUUUAGACGAAAACGCCCAACCUACACAACAACAUCUACAGAAGGGUCUAUUAAUAGAAGACCUUACGAAGCAAAAAACAGAUUCAGGGGAAGACGGCCUACAGAAAAACCUACGGAAAAGCCCGAUAUUCAACUUGAAGACAUUACUACUACAGCCAGAAGUAUACCUGUGAAUAAGUAUAGAUCAAAGUUUUCUGAAAGAUUUAACAAAAAACCUGCCCCUGAACCAGAACUUGAAGAAAUAACAGAAGACCAAGAUCCAAAUUACUCAAUCCAUAGGCCUAAAUAUGCGGCACCUGAAUCUGACCACUGGUCCCCUAAAUUCUCUGGUGGAGCAUUUAAGCCUUUCAAUCCAAAUGAUAUAGAUAAUCAACACAAAGAAGUCGAGGAAAGUAAUAAGGACGAGGAAUUGGAUAUAAUAACCGUCGGACAUGAUGAAAUAUUAAUAUCUGUGACACCAGCGACUAACAAUCGUGUAAUAAAAAAGGUUCCCGAUAUUCCACCAACUCUUGAAGCUCUCGUAGAACAGACAAAGGUUACAAAAAGUGAGCCAAGUGAUACAAUGUCGACCUUUGAAACAAUGUUGGAAGAAGUAAUGAAAAGUUUAGAAGAGCAAGAUGAGGAUGAAUACACAAAUAAAGUAAUGAAACACAAGGGUGGCGAAAUUGGCGAGAUUCCACCUGAAAGAAUAAUAUCGUCCGGAGAUAGUUAUGCCGUUAAAUCUACGACGCCCACGCACGAAGAAAUUACGACGAGUCGCCCAAAAGCUUCUUCUCCAAAAGAGGAAGAAGUACAAAACAGGCGACGUGGCUACUGGAAGAAAGUCAAGGUUCGUCCAGUUUCUGAGGGAAUCGAGACUGCCGAAUCUCAAUACUACUCCAAGACAGUAAACCGGCUAGGACAAAGUGUUCCCACCAACUCAAUCGAUCAAGUCGUCGAAGACAAACCUAAGUUCAAAGUUACCACCUACAAGCCACAGUACUCCUUCAUCAAAAACUUAUUCGACAAUAAUGAAGACGAGUUAGAUGUAAUCCCAGAGAUAGAUAUUCCAAAAAUCAAUGCCACUAGCGAAGUAGACGUUAAAGAGACGGUCAAGCUAACCACUGAGUCCUUCCUGAACAAAGAAACACCUACAGACAAAGUCAACCCGGGUGAAAUGGAUUUGGGUACUGGCUCACCGGACCCCACAUACGACGAUACCUCUUACUAUAGUGAACCUACAGAACCUACAUCGAGCUCGACGAAGCACGACCGAUCCGAUAGAUUUAGUUUUAUGGACUACCUUUUCGGUGUGACGUCAUCCGACGAAAACGAAGAAAGCGUUCCAAAUGACAGAGACACUGAUAGUACAGACGCUAGAAACAUCGAACAGGAACCUCAAGCGAACAAAACCACCACAGAGAGUUCGUACAUUCCAGAAGAAUUCACAGCGGAGUCGCAGUCCCAGGAGGCCGAAAUCGCUACUGAGGCAGCGACUAGCAGCACAGAGAGGGUAGAAACAUCAUCGAUAUCCAGCUUCAUGGAUCCCAGACGAGUCAUCAGUACGUCAAUGUCCACGGAGAUAUCCCACGAGACCGAGAUUUGUUUCCGGGGCAAAUGUAUCAAGACUCUCAAAGACCUAUUAUAAGAAUGGUGCUAAGUGUUGUAUUCAGACUUCAGACUCUUGUGAAACAAAGUGCUAGUGAAAAUAUGGACACUCGAAUGUUGUAUUCACAUUGAAAUGUAUUAUAAAAUAGAAAAUUUUAAGAGAAAUUUUACAUUUGCUGAUAUUGUAAUCAAUGUUAAAAGGGACCAGAUGUAAAGUUUACUUGUUUUUUUAUUUAAGUAUCGCAUAUUAUCAGUUUUAAAGUGUCUUUCAUCUGUACUUUCAUCGAACGACCUCAACCACGGUAUCAAUUUACACUAUUUACAAUAAUUCUAAGAUUUUUCUUUUCCUUUCUAAAUUACUUAGUUUUUUACAUAACUAACAUAGUUUCAAAGUAGCAGC